UAAAGUCACAAAGUUCUCAAGGAAAUAAAUUUCAUGCUCAAAUUAAGUUUCUGGAAAGGAAAUUGUAGGCCUUUGAAAAACAAUAUGAACUUUCUGAUUGUGAUCGCUAUCCUGUCUCUCUUCUUGAAUGUCAACUGCCUGGACGAAGCCACUUUGCUGAAGCUGCGCAAGUUCGUAAACUGCGAGGACAAGGGUUACAAGUCGAGCAAGGGGAUAUAUCGUGACUACUGGGUGCUGGAGAACUACAUAAUGGCGGGUCACGGACCACUUUUGUGCUCUGCAAAUGUGACAUACACCAGUCAUGCAGACUACACUUACCUGGACAAUGUGGUGCCUCUGCUGGAACGCUGGCGAUCGCCUCUAAGCCUGGCCAUCUAUGCUCCUGGCGCCGAUUUCGGUCCCACUCUGGAGAGCAUCCUGUACCUGCUGCAGUGCCAUCCUGGCAGGCACUUGGUUCGCGAGCUAACCAGCUUUCACCUGUACUUUAACGUGGAACACCUGCCCCAGGUGGUACUUUCGCCCAGAAUGGCUCUGAGCAAAAGGGCCAACUGCCACGCCCCACCGCCGUAUGUGAAUGUAGCCAAAAGCAACAUGUACAGGUCGCGGACCAAGCUCGAUUAUCCCGUCAAUUUGGGACGCAACAUUGCGCGCAGGGCUUCGCUAACCCAUUUCGUCCUGGCCUCGGACAUCGAGCUGUAUCCCUCGCCCAGAUUGGUUCCCGCCUACUUGAGCUUCUUAAGCCGACAUGUAAUUGGAAGGCCGGGACAACAGCCCACAUCACCGGUGGUCCAUGCGCUUCGAAUUUUUGAAGUAAUGUCCAAUGUUUCAGUUCCGAGCACCAAGACCGAGUUGCAAAAGUUAUUGAAAACUGGCGAAGCCCUUCCAUUUCACAUGCAAAUCUGCGCGGUCUGCCAUCGAGGACCCAAGCUGGAGGAGUGGAUCAAUGCCACCGAGGCAUCCGCCGAUCUGAACGUCUUCAAUGUGGGCCAUCGCUCCGAUUCGGACAACAUGUGGGAGCCGAUCUUCAUAGGCACCGUCGAGGAUCCGCCGUACGACGAGCGGCUGAGCUGGGAGGGCCAGAGGGACAAAAUGACGCAGGCGUACGCCAUGUGCGUCCUGGACUACGAGUUCCACAUUCUGGACAACUGCUUUCUGGUCCACAAGCCCGGCAUCAAGCAACCCGGCAAGAGCAAAUCCAUUUUCCCCCAGACCCGCCGCACCAAUGGCCUCAUCAACAAAAGGAUAUCCCGGGAGCUGCGCAUCAUGUACGGUUCUCGAGCGGGCUGUGUCAUUUAGGGUGCGAUUCCAAAUUCGAUGUUA